AUGGCGUGUGGAAUGUGGCUACUCCUGUCGGUUUUUUCGUUUUUGGAACCCUGCAAGGGCCAAAAUAGAGACCGUUUCAAUCCAGCAGGACCUGAAUAUAUCGGAAUAUUUGGUGGACUCAAGUAUUACAUUUAUGCCUCCGUAGAGGCCACACAUGGAGAUGCGAAUACCCUAUGCAGCAUAUACGAUAACCAAGGUCGUCUUGCCUGGUUUGGCGACUUAGAAGUGCCAGAACUGAGGGCGAUUGCUGAGAAAGCCUCCAUGAUAAACUAUUUAAACCUAAAUCAUUUCUUCUGGAUUGAUGGACGCCUCCUCAACAAGAGCUGCAAUACCGGACAUGAUCCAUGCAUAUGGGGUCCAGAAACACAUGAUUCAGAGGUGCUCAGCCAUAUUGCACCUGGCGUGUCCAACACAUUCAAAACAACUAAUAUGGCUUGUGAGAAGUUAGAAAGCGAGCAAAACAGGAAGGAAAUGGAAAUGGAAAUGGAAGGAAAAAUCGAACGGCGACCGGUUCUCAUGCCCAAUCUGCUGGAGGAAUUUCCAGAUGAAGACAAAGAUUAUGUCCUAGCGGCUGCUUGGAACUUUGAAAAGUCAGGUUUCAUUUGCAGUGCGCCAGAAAGCGACGUCGUCGAAUGUCCUUUCGGCUUCACAGAGAUCGAAACUUGCGAUGUGCCGAAGCACCUAAUUCCAAAACCCGGAUUCGACUGCAAGUGA